AUGUCCGUCUUUGUUGUCGCCGCCCACUCAGUUAAAGGUUUUGAGAGCGACUGUUGAAUUCGUAAGAUUUGUUGUAGAGCUUGGCACGAAAGCUGAAGUCCGGAAAGUGCUAACGUCUGUUGACAGUCAGGUUAGUGUGCAAUGCUGAUUUAAAACGUGCUGAUUACUGUUGGGGAGAAACGGUUUUUCGAAUAGUACUCGUGUUUCUUAGUUUGCCUUUUAACGCGAUAGCAUUCGGACUUAACAGGCCUGCACCGGGCUAUCUUCGAAUGUCGACUUUAAAAAGUUCGAUAAUAGUGCUCAAUCAUGUUCUGAGUGGCGCCCACUGGACGACAGAUAGAUGCCUUGCGUACAAUCCAUGUUGUACCCCUGCUGAAAAACCUUAUUUGACCACAACCCUGUUAGCUUUCUGCCUUGCUUUUGACCUAAACUUAACAGCAGUAUCCUACGCCGGUCUUCCACCCUCAGGUGUGUAGACGCUCAUGUGAACUUUACGUCUCUUGAGACCCCUUACCGUACAGGUGUUGCUGUUUUCCCUUUCCAGCGAAUAAAGUUGAGCGGAUUUCCCCAAGCCCUACGUGUCCGGGCUACGGAAGCGCAAAUUGACUGUCCCCGGCGUCAUGACUGGGACGCGUUCUUUCGUGAUGCCAAGGAUAUGGAUGAGACAAAGUACGGAGAACGCCCAGAUACCGUUGUCAUUGACAACUUGCCUGUUCGCUGGUUUGCAGCAGAUGUUCACCGUUCUACUGGUAGCGCUUUCGGAUCUAUUUCAAAAAGCAGCUGGCCUAGCGCUCAAAUUUUGAAAGACGUGUUUGAGGUAAUAUGGCAGUUCAAUACCGAACGUGAAUUCACCCGAAUACUGCAUAGUGUUUUCUCCUAACACUCAUCAUUGCUGAUUUUGGGAAUAUUUUACUGAAACGAUGUGUUUAUACAUGCCUUAUCACAUAGACAAUCUAAAAAGCAACGUAGUAUUCCUCUGUGUAUCAAACUCUUGUAAACCCGCUUUCUGUCUCUAACUUCCCGCCUAGAUAUACGGCAAAAUCCGUCGCGUAGAUAUCCCCAUGCUUGAUCCUGUUCAGAACCCACAACUCCUAGCAAAUCUCGGAGUGCCGUCGGACGUCAUCAAGUCAAGCGUUCAGGCUGGUGUUUCUGCUGCGGACGAGGAUGAAUCAAACUUGAAAGGCGAUAGCACUGGUUUUGGCAAGAUAGCCCCAGCUGUAAUAAAACCCUUAGCGACUCCUGAGCUGGAUAGAACUUCUGGGAGCCUUACCUCUGAGACAUCUUCAUUUAAUGCUGCUGGGAGUUCCCUCACUUUCCGUGCUUACCUGCAAUACGUUGACUACUCAGGAUUUUCCAGCGCAAUGGAGUCGCUUCGCGGCAUGAAGCUAGUAUAUGCGCCCAAGCGUCCUUUGCAGUCGACGCAACCCUCAGAACAGUCAUAUUUUUCGGCCGAAAUCCAGGUAAAUGUCGGCAUGUCUACUUGACUUGAAAUUAUUCCCUACCGUCUCAUUUGGAGGUCAUCUGUCUUACUGAGCAAUAUUAAUCUUAACAGGCCGUAUCGCAAAAUUUAGGGUUCAUAUUUUUUGUAGUCAUAUCGAGGAUAAUAAUGUUUUGUCUCCAAAACUGACCUUAAUUGAUAAUUUAUGUUUAAGGUGGAUUUUGACCGAACGAAACACUUAUCAGACGACUCAGUUGAACGUCGCGACGUUGCCAGACAGCGCCUAGAUGAGUGGAUACACCGUCGUCGUGCGGCUGCGGAAGUGGCGGAGGCGAAACGACAGAGACUCGCGCGCGAGGCUGAAGAGCUUGCAGCCAAACGUAAACAAGAAGCUGAAGUUCUUGCUGAAGCUCAACGCCGAGCUGAUGAGGCCGAGCGCCAGGCAAGUCGCCUCGCUCGCGAACAACGGCGUCGUCUGAGGGUGGGUUUUUGAUAGUGGCAUCUAACAGUUUUACUACUGCCCAGCCUUUAAUGGUAUCCUGUUUGACAUUUGCUUGUACUUACUCGUUACCUACUGGCGGUCUGCACGGUGACUUCGAUUGUUUUAAUGUGCGUUCUUCUCAUUCACGUGCAAAGACCCUACCCCGUAAACUUGCUACCGCAGGCCUACGACGUCCUAUUUAAUCGUUGGUAUCAUUCGCCAUGCACUAAAAUCUUCCUAGUCGUUGACUGUUUGACAGACCACCCACAAAACAGGUCGUUGGACAAAUCCCCACAGCAUUCUUCCGACUGACUUUUGCGAUGUUUCUCAAUUUUACUUCAAUUUAACUUAAGCCACCGCCGAGGCUCCCAACUCUCGUCCGUCACGAAUACAAUAAGUCGCCUGAAUGUGAUUCCUCAGAAAGAAUCCAUCCGUUCCCCGCUUUUUUGCGCUUGUUGUUGUUUAUCGUCACACUGGCAGCUAAUCGGCGUCCGGUUUCGUUCGCCGCAACAGCUGUCAAAUAAUGUGUUGAGCGAUUUACAUUAUUCAUAGAUGUGACCCACACACCUGUCUUUGUUUUAGUCCUUUAACUAGUCCUGUAAUUUGGAACUAGCUCCUAAGACGACCGGACUUUAUUGUGUCACCGGUAGUACUAGGAAUCAGUGUUCAGCCUGUAUUGCUUUCCACUGGCCCUCACCGACAGCUCUCUGCGACCGCCCGCUGUUUUAAAAUCUUAAUGUCCACCCGUGAGGCACACAUAUCCUCUGGUGCUCGGUUGAUAGUUUUGGAAGACAUUCCCUUUGGAUUUGCAUCUAGUUACGCGCUUAAAUCACGAGUGAUUGGAAUCCCAACAGCUGUUUGGUCACUGCGCUGACAAAGGGUAUCCAAAUGUCAAUACUUUCUAGAAAAACAAAGGAGUGAGCCUUAUAUGCGUGUCGCGUCGAUGGCUUGGCAAAAUUGCUUUUACCUCACUGACUGAUUUUCACUCAAGCCGAUUAUAAAUGGACGGUGUAACCCCAAUUUUAUUUCUGUCAAAUUUUUGCACGUCUUGCAGGCUGAGGAAAAGUACCGGCGCAAGAAGGAUAUACUGAUGCAACAGAAGUUCCUUUUAGAGGGUCGGCGUGCUCUCAUCGCCGGUCGACGAGCCGCCGCUAUACGUAUUCUUUCAGCUGUUUUGCACCUGAUUUCGGUAAGUCGAUUGUCGUAAUCCCUUCGCUAAUGUCUGUUUAAGGAGUAGCGCAUAAUUGUUUAAUAAUUAGCAAGUAUUUACCUACAUACAUGUGUCGGUAGUGCUUGGUACAAGUCGUUUCACUGUUUACAAAAAUAUUUGCAUCUCAGAUUUUAGCAUAUUCAUUUUGGCUGCUUCUCGUAAAGUUAUCUAUUAACCUUGUUAAAACUUCACUUAUAAUUUCGCAUAAUUUCCCGGUCACUGAUCGUGCUUAGUUUUAUUAAAGAGACUGAGCACAAACCCGUCAGAACAGUUUAACACACUGUGGAAGAGAGUACUUGAGUCCCAGGUACUUGCCUGUGUUAAGAAGAGGGUUGGUAGAGGUUUUGAACCAUACAUUUACUCGUCUGUGCUUUCAGGUUCCUACAGGAAUGUGUUGUCAGAGCUGUGGAAACGGUUUUGAGAGGCGCAACACCGCUGAGACCGAGUAGUAGUCAGCCAACGGUCGAAGUUACCAGUGAGGAGAUGGCUUCAUAUGUCAGUAUACGCGGGCCGCAGGUCCACAUACCGACUAAUCAGACCGUAAACAUACAAUUCCAGCGCAAUAACUACCCCCGACUUGAUUGAGGUUGCUGUGAUCUGUGACCUUUUACUCGGCCAUUCUAAACCGCAGUUUGAUUGAAGUGGUUCUUACACGGGAAUCUGCUGUGAGGAAGAGCAACCAUGGUGCUGUUGGCCAGUCGAAUGAUUUGAUUGGAGAAGUGCUAUAACUGGCGCUUUCUGUGACCCAGCGUCUCAGUCAGGUUGAAUUGCGACACUCAGGUCUCGAGUCACCGACAUUGAGCCCUAGGUUCGGGACUAUGCUGUGAAAAACACGUAGCUGGGUGGCCUGAAUCCUGUCAUAUUUCUAUGCAAAAAGCUCCAUUAGAGAAGGACAAACCAGUUCAACCGAUAAAUCAGUCACGGAAAAGCACAAGAAAAGCCACAAAAAAUCAGCGCAGAGUUGGCUCCUUGUGGUCCUUCUGCUGGAAUAAAUUUUCCCGCUUUCAACUCUCUUCGUAUUUGACUAUUGAGCCCUACUUUCUUCUCUUAUGUUCCCGUUUCCGGGGUGAUUUCAGCGCCGUGAGGAAUUACGGAAGUCUCAAAAGGGCCGCAACAAACUUGUUAAUAGUUCCUGCCAGACGGUCGAUCUAUCUCCCAGUCCCGAGGAACGCCACGGCAUUCCUGAGUCGUCCACGAAGAAGAACAGCGACAGACAAAUCAUUCGCGCCCCUGCGGUGAGUACGCACUUUUAAUUAUUAACAGUUGUAGCUGGAACCGUAGCAAGCACACGAGAGAGAGAGCACGAACAAAUCAGGAUGCAAGAAUCAGAACGGGAAUACCCUAUAAUAGGGCUUUUUUCAUCUUCCACUUGACGUAAUGAAACUAAAACGAGAAAUGGAAAGGUAGUAGAUGAGAUGGAAUUUAGCCAGGGCAUAAGGUAGCAUGACACUCACCCAACAAACAUAGGGAUCGGAAAGGAAAGUUUGCAUGUGGCAGAGUUCAGGCGUCUCUGUUACGAAGGCAGUAUGUAUGAACACGCUAUUGUUGCUGUUUGAUCAAUGGCUUUAAGCUAUGCAUAUAGAAAUCGCCAGCAUUAGGUGCACUAGCACGUAUUGCAUCAUUCUGUUUGUCAGUUCAAAUGGUGCUGCUUUCCUGCUCAAUAAUGGGUCGGUGGUCAGAAGGAACUGGGAUGGAAUUUUCAAAUACGGGCGUGGACGUCUCCUGAUGACAAUCACCGAUAGCUUUUUCACCGCUGGCAGCAAGUAGUCGAAGGGAUACAGUUUCUUCUCUGCCAUUACUGACUCGUAUAUGUGCACAUUGCGGGUUACACUGGAUCAGAUCGACCUCCUCAACGAGCGGAUCAAAUUUACACUGCUGAUUGCUUUUCUUCGGCAGAACUCGGCCAGGAGAGAUAAGCCACAUGGGGAGAGUAGUCCCAGUGGUUGACCUUGUAUUGUAGACAAGCAUUCUCUCAUGAGGUGUCGCAUUGGUGGCGGUGCACAAAAGUGAUUUGAUUGAGUGUAAAACGUCAAGCGGAACGGAUCCCCAGUGCGUGACAGGCAAACUUAGAUUUUAGAGCAAGUAAGAGUCUUCGUUAAAGUUUGGUCCAAAGUUCCACCUGCCCAUUUCUUCGGGGGAUUGUACUGAAUUGUCCUUCUCAUCGCCACUCCCUUAUUGCGGAGGAAUUGUUGAACUGUGUUUGACAUGAAUGACAAUCCCCGAUCGGUGUAAGUACGAAGCAGUACUGAAUAUGGAGAAGAGCUGUCACAAACAUUUAAUGACAGUUUUGGCAGUCUGAUUAGCACAGGCAAAUACAAAUGGGAUACGACAAAAUUGAUACAAACGCCCACAAGCUUCAAAGACAGCGUAUGGUUUUUCCCCUACCUGGAUGGGUAUCUGGUGGUAGGCGCUCUUGAGAUCAAGAGUGCUAUAUGUGUCGUAGCUUGCAAUAUGUUCGAUCAUUUCGUCUAAUCUGGGGGAGGGGUAGGCAUUUAGAAGUGUGUAUUUGUUGAUCGUUGGGCUGUAGUCGACAACCAUCCUCUUUUUGUGGUUUUCAUUGGCUGUCAUCAAAACCUGGGCUCGCGAAGAGCACAAUGGAUGUUCAAUUACACCACCAGAAAAAAGGCGGCGAGGUUCUUCUCGUAUAAAUCGCUCAUCUACAUUGGCGUGUCUACGAGGUUUAGUAGCGAUGGGUUUGCAAGUGGCAGCCACAGAACAAGACGAGGACGUAGGAUUAGGUCCAGAAAAAGGGAUUUUAACACUUUCAUGGAGCCAGAGAAAGUCAUAUCCAAGUAGAUUAUCGACGCACAAAUCCGGCAAGACCGAUGGCUUGACCUUCUCGUAUGUUGUACCUUUAUAUUUAACAGAGACAAGAACAUUUCCUUGCGUGGCGCCGGUUAGGGCGGUGGUGGCCAUGGAUAUCUUAUCGCGAAAGUUAUGAACCUUCUACAUAGUUAGGAGCACAACCGAAAAAGUAGUGUAACUUUCAGAACUACCCGUGUCAAUUAGGGUUUGAAAAUUAGUCCCGUUUAUUUGUAGUUCAACCAUUAGAUGGUCAGGAACAGCACCUGAUGUCACGGUGGGAAUGGUAGGAUACAUAGCGGAAGAGACGGCCUUUCGGUUUCGUGAUGCGAGACACACCUUUCGGAAGUGCCCUUUUUACCGCAUCCUUUGCAUAACACACUGCCUGCGGGGCACAUCGAACGACGGUGCCUGUCGUAUCCACAAAGGACACGUUUGCAAUGGAAUAAAGUAGAAGCCACUGGGUCAAGAUCUUUAAAGGGGCUCUACGAAGUUUCACAUGGCUCAGUAGCAGCAUAGAACGAGGUCAUCGGAGUGUUCUGAUGCGAUAGAGACUGUCGUUCUGCUAAUUCUAGUUCCCUUGGUAGCAGGACGCUCUUCGAUCGCGCUACGGAACCCACUCAUCCCGCUGUGCCUAGGGACUCUCAAGCCCCGCCAGCAGCCUCACAGAGGCGCGUGAUAUAAGCAGAGUAGCAUUACCAGUCUCUCUUGUAUUUGUAGGUAAUGCUAUCCAGUGACCUUGCCUGAUCAAAGGCAGUUUGGAGGUUCAAAUUCUUCUGCUCCAAUAACCUCUACCGAAUCUGGUUUAACGAAAGGCCACUGAUGAACUCAUCUCUGAUGGCAUCGUCGCGAUUUCUCCCGCAACAGCUUUAACGUCGCAGUUUCAGGCCAAGGACUUUAGCUUAUGAGCAAACUCGUCGAGGGUUUGACCUCCUUCCUGUCUGCAGGUUGCCAGAAGAGGCGGGCGAAGACUUCGUUUUUGGGUCUCAAGCAGAGAUCUCGUAACAAUUUAGUAGCUUCUUCGUAGCCGGAGCAUUCAUUAAUGUAUUCCCAGACUUUCGGAGAAAGGUGGUCCGAACGCUUAAUUUGUCUGGUUUCAGGCUAUCGAUCGUGGAGAAGGAAUUUUCAAAAGUGCCAAACCGAUGCUUUCACUGUUUGAAUCGUCUUAGGCAUUCGGGUCAACGUCGAGUCGUUCCGCCCUAAGGAAUCGAUCCAUUCUGGAGUUGUAAGAUGAAUAAAUUGUUGUAGCUACGACUGUGGGAAGCACACGAUAGGGAGAGCACGAACAAAUCGGGAUGCAAGAGUCGGUACUAGAAUACCCUAUAAUAGGGUUUUCUCUUCUUACAAUUGACGUACUGGGACUUAAAGGAGAAAUGGAAAGGUAGUAGAUAAGAUGGAAUUUAGCCAGGGGCUAGUGUUAUUAUGAUACAGUCGCCAACGCUAUUUCGGCUUGGUGCAGCAAUUCAAGAACGCAGCUCCUGUCAAAGCAUUUAAAAGUUUUCUACCCUUAGAAUCUGUAAAACAGUUUUCAUUUUGCAUACCCCUCAGGUUUCUUCAUUAAUGAGUUCUUUCUGAUUAUAUGAAUCGUCUCUUUUAGAACUGAUCAAGUCAACUUUGAGCAUCGGCCUCAUUUGUAAGAAGCUCGCAGACCAUUUCAUAAUUGUAGUCAUUGUCAUCAUCCCUGAUGUUGCAUUUGGAAUUGGUUUUUGGACAAGUUUUACCGGCCAUGAAUACCCUAUGUAGCAGGCAGCAGUUGCUAUAGUGCGGCCUGUCGACAUUUUUAGCCGAUUAUGGAAAAUCAUUAACGCGCACGUAGUCGGCGAUCUGUCGUCAGACGGAGUCUUCUUCAUAAGACACUUGCGUAUGCAGCUGAAGUGAGUUGGGAAAUUCAUCUGUCUAAAUAACUACUAUCGCCUCUGACUUCGUUAUUGUGGAAUCUGUCGGACGACGCUAGUUGAUGAAGCUAUUGGUUCAGUGAGUAGUUUCUGCCGCCUUAGAUCGAACCUUAUGCCAAACGAUCAAGAUAAGAGUGAAACUGAGCUUUGUAUCACCCAUAUGCGUGUGACUUUCGUUUGAUUUCAUCCUAAACCCGCUGAACUAGGCGGGAGGUCAGUCUGGAGAUCAGACUGCGACCACACGAGGCCUACGCCGAGACAAUCCUCUCGUACAAAUGAGAGCCAUGGGUCGUACGCGCAGGAGAUGUCACACGUCUGGAUGUAUUUAUUCUGGAUGUUUUUAUUUCACUCGCUGGUCACGCCCCAAGCGAAUGGCUGCACAGUCGUCCACAAGCAGGACUCGUAAACUGCGCGGUCUUUGCUCGUUGACUGAGUUGGGCCGACCACAUGUUGUGUCAACUGGUAGGCGAAACCGCCUGAGAUGCUAUCUCGCCCCAACCCAGUUCUAACUGGGGACAGCGCCGAAGUGACUAACUGGAAACAUGAGUGAAUGUGGCGGAAACUGAUCGCGAUCGUGUCUUUGGACUCUCAGUCCCAUGGCUUGUGUGGCUAGCGUCAAGCGGCUCACCUUUGCUCCGUAUUCUUUCGCCUGCCGACUACAAUGGAGCUUGAUCGUGCAGCAUGUGUUGGAUCUGCAUCGGGGAGCCUUUCGAAUUGGUUGCGAUGAAUGUCAUUAGAGGUGCAAGCCAGAGAGGAUAAUCUACACUUUGUUCAGACAGGCAGACGUCCCGCUGAACACAAGCCCAGUCAGGUAGUCUGAAAACGUGGAACGGGCCCUUCGCAGUAAAGGGCGCUGGACGCGGUGAGCAGUUUUCUUUUGGCACCGAUUAAUAAUCUGGUCUUUCCUGACUAGCCGAUUUCGCCGUAGCUCUUUUGAGCACUUCUAGGAGAGUUUGACCCCCUCUUUGCUCAGACGAAAACGCUCUGACCCAGUGUGGUACGUUUUUCCGGUUUACAGAUUCCUCGCAAAGUUGACCACGCUGAGUGUUUCUAAGUGCCGCGAUUACGCUUCCCCCGAAACAGAUAAUAUAUUUUUUUAGACACUGUUUUUUUCAAAAUUCUAAGCAAUUACAACGGUUGAAGAGCUGUUGCGAAAUAUAUUGGCGUCAGUGCAUUCUGCCUCUCUUAGAGUGCGCGUCGUCAAUACUUGACCUUUUUCCCUGUUCCCUGAUUUUCGGUCUGGUUGCCCAAUUCCUUCUCCAUGAAUCAAAUCCCGAAUUACCCAAAACGUUAGACGCCGAAUAGAUUCGUUGAGAUCACAUAUCUUCUCUUUAAGGCUCGAAUCGCACCUCGGAGUUGCGCAGUCUUCAUCUGGAGCCAAGUGCUGCUGUCGAGACUGGUGACAGCGGUGCUUGUAAUGAUGGUGGUGGUGACGAUGAUGGUGAUGACGAUGAUGAAAAUGCUUCUAUUAAUGGCGGCACUGGUAGUGGCAUUUGCAGUAACAACAAUGUUAGUAGUGACAAUCCAGCUGCCUUCGUCGCCGACUUUCCUUUGCAUUGAUUUUAUCACGUUAUCCGAGUUUCAGUCAUUACCAAAUUUUGACAAAGUCGUCCUCUCUGGGCCGCCCUUGCGCCCACCAAUUUCGCCAUCUAGGUCUCUUCGGACACCAAGCACGUGUUUGAUUUCACUGCCAGUCCAGUCGUUGCCCCACCUCAGUCUCCCGAGACCACCGAGCUCGAUAGGCUGCGACAGAAUCUCCUCGAAAGGCGGGAAUCUCAACUGCGGCAACGGCUUCUCGAGGUAGGUCCAACUUUCGACGCUCUUAUCUCGAUCCUACGCAUGGUGCCGUAGCUUUUGCGUCCAUGAUUUGCUCACAUACAUCCACGAGCCAGUGCCGAUGUAUGCUGGCUCAAAAGUACUGCGGCGACAGGCGACUACCGUAAUGCGUUUAUCAUAAUCCUCCCUUUUGUUUCUUGCGAUCAAACCUUAGCUUGAACAGGCAGCUUUUCAGCGAACUCCUAGGCUACUCACUGACCGCGCUACAUAUGAAUUGUUGGUUGCAAUGCUGCCUACCCCCUGUUUCUUAGCAAAUGAUGUUUUUCACCAAAUUGAAUUUGCGGUUUUUCUUGGCCUUGUCUCAGUCGAUCUUAGUGGGGAUCAUAGGACUACUUGUUGCGGAAAAGUGUGUGUGCACACUUCGUGCGAUCCACUAACGCUUGUCAACUCUUGACGACCGUUAAAAGCAGAUUCAUGCGGCACUGCGCCCAAUCAGUGAACUUCUCUGUAUGGCACGUGCUACACCUGGGCUCUACGCCACGACAGCCAUUGCGCCCGACCUCAUCCGGAGCGAAAACUGCAGGCGCCUGACCGCUGCCGCCGCCGCCGCCGCCGCCACCUGAGAGCCAGUCUUCGAGUGAAGCGCACUGACUUGGCUUUAGAUGGCAGUUCGCACUCCUUCCGGCAAAAUCGAAAUGAUAUUCCGGGUAAUCUCCGGAAGACGACUGCGGUGGUUUGAGUACGUUCUUCGCCCUCCGCCUCAUGAGCUCAGUGUUGCUGCUCUCGGUCUGGUGCCGUCUCCUACCUGAGGGUGACACGGUUCGCUAAGACACGGAAGUGGUCCUUGGAUCGCUGUAUUCGGCCUCCGUCGCUUGAGGAGAAAAAGGGUUGGGCUCUCCAGAUCUGAUGUCCCAGAUCGUCACGCGUGGAGAGGUACAACUCACGACAUCAACAAGGUCGGCUGGACCAGGCAUGGUGGCAUUAUAAGUACAAUCAGCCGGACUCGGGCCUGACACUGAUACGCCACAUGGAAGUGAGAGUGGGUCGAUUCGGGUCGGAUCCACUGCCCAAUCUCCUCAUUAUAAAAAGACAAAGACGCUUCCCAACUAUCGUGGCACGCUACUGUUUGUCCAUUGGAGGGCCCUCAAAUGACAGGUUAAGUGGGUCCUCCUCCGAAAUGCGGAUCAAUAAGCAGCGGCCUCUAAAUGCUGCCCUCACGGAAACUCUUUUUGAUAGAUGGUUCAAAACUCCCUUCUUGAAGACUGGCCCAUGGCGAUGAGGAACCAGCUCUUGUGCGCGUUUGGUAUGCGUAAUGUAGAUUUACCCGCUUCGGCCACUGCGCCCGUUUGCCAUAAAAACACUGAGGACGUGGUAAGCGUGGGAGAAGUAGAUGCGUCUUUAUUAAUCUACGCGCUUUCCAAGUUUCAUGGCCUUCUCCGUCACUUAAAGGAGGCAAGGAUUCCCUCCAGCCUCAUGAGAGCUCUUAAAGUACAAUAGGGGUAGGUUUCAAUACAGUCGAUCUUUGCUGCCUUACGUUUGGUCAUAGCAACGCUUUACCCUAGGGGCGCGUUUGUACGGCACCAGCCCGGCCACGGUUUCCACGUAGUAUUCUGUCAAAAAGUGUCUCCAAAAUGACACCGUUGCCGGGGGAAGCCUUCUGAGGGGCCUCCCAGCAAGAGUUCAACAUUUUCAACCACCAUCCGGGAUGCUCCUGGGUACAUUAAAGGUGACGCAUUACCGUGUAAGCUUGGGACACGUUAUUUGUUUAGUUUUUUUCUCCUUGCACGCACCAGAGGUUAAUUCGUGUCAUGUUUUAACUUUAUCUGCUGGGAUGACUUACGCGGCAUCCUGAACCUGCAGUCGCCGUGUUUCUUAGCCAACAGUCACAAUAUGCUGCACAUAACUCUUGACGACAAGAAUUCUAUGCGCAGAAAGGCGGAGGCUCUUACGAAGGGCAGCCAAGCUGAGUAACUUCCACGCGUCAGAGAUCUAUUCACUUCUGUUUGCGCUUUCAGAUCAGAAGCGUGAUUUUGUUUUUAACCGGAACAUCGUCCUGCAUCACUGAGUGUAGCGCCCGGCUUCACGGCCUUUGUUCAGAUUCUCUGCAGAGCACUAGAACGAGUCGUUUGGGCAAUUAACACAGACUCGGAUGUAACACCCAACUUAUCCUACUUGCUAAUGCUUGUUCGACUUUUGUAUACUGUGUUUGCUUUCAUUUACGUUGUAUUGACUGUUUUGAAUACCUUGUCCCGAUGUUCUGUGCAUCCCAUCAGCGCCUUCUUUUCUCUACCUUUUAGCGACGCAUGGGAACAACCACCAACUUGUUUGCGACCUGA